CGCGGGCGCCGGGCGCAGCAUCUUUGGGGCCGGGUGAGGGCGGCGAUGGUGUCCCAGGUGGUGCGGCUGCUGCGGCAGGGCGUGUGGGCGGCGCUGACCGGCGGCUGGUACCACGACCCGGAGUACAGCACCUUCACCAACAGCUGCCACCUCUAUCUGUGGCUCUUCUUGCUGAUGCUGCCGCUGGCGCUGCACCUGGCUUUCCCACCAAAUGCAGUAACAGUUUUUAUAUACUGCAGUUCUGUGACCGUGUUCUUCACGAUAAUAAAGGUGAUCAGUUAUCGUCUGCAUGUGAUGUUUGAUAAAGGAGAAGUAAUUCAACAAAGGAUCUCAAGAAAGAAUGGAAGACAAAGUAAAGAUAAAGAGACCACAACAGAAAAUGUAGGUCAGCGGUCUACCCUUCGCAGAAACAGAAGAGAUAAUGCUAAUAUUGAAGAAUUCAGACGAAAUGAUUCAACUCCAACAACCCAUGGCAGUUCAAGAGUACAGGCUAUACGCUCACGCCACUCUUCAGGGGUUUUGGAACUGCCAGCCCGUGAAACUGUUGAGGAUCUCAAAGGAGUUAUGGUGUUAGAAGAUCAAGCUGUUCCACCAGUUACAUCUACUUCACCUGAUGCCAAAGCAGAUAUGUUGCCUGUUUCUACAGCCCUUAUGACAAGUUCUACCACCUCAGCGAUAGUGACAAAACCAGUGACUGUGGAGACAUUUUCUACUAAUGGAACAAAUGAAAAAGAAAAUAAGGUGCAGCCCUCUGUUCCCCAUACAUCAGAAGAUAUUUUUGUGGAUACAGAUAUAACUAAAAAGUUGUCAAAUAUAUCUCUGUCACAAUGUGAUGUUUUAAGAAAUGGCUUUCCUCUGGAGCCAUGGGGCAGUGAAAAUUCAGUUAUUUCAGAGCAUUUAAGUAAUCCAAAAAAUAACAAAAGAGAGAAAUUGUCAGAUGGGUCAUCUUAUGAAAGCUUCAGUAACAACUGCCCACAGUGUACUGCAAUUGCAGCCAAAGAGACUGAUGUUCAGAGGGAAAAUUCUUGUAACCUCGAUAACACUAACGAGGAUCUUGAUUAUUCAGAUGGUGAAGUUGCUGUUGCUCUUGUUGACUGCUCUCAGCCUGGAGACCAACUUAGUCUACAUGAACCCAUUAAAAUAAUAAUCACUAUGAGUAGUGCUCCAAACACCAUGAAUGAUUUAGAAGGUUCUGUUCACCUGAAGGUAUUAAGCACUGAGAGAACCAGCUCAAACCCAGACUCCAGUACAGCUACAGAAGAUCUGAACAGUCAGCAGAAUAAUGAACAGCUCAAAAUUCCUAUUAUAACUUUUGAAUUAUCUGAUGGCAGUAGAGGUAACGUUUAUCCAGAAGCCAGUGAGAGUGAAAGAACUUCAGAGCAUUUAAAGGUUGAUAGAUCAUCCAACCAGUGUUCAGGCUAUGAAUCUGGUGAGCAGGACAAUGCAGGAAAGGAACAAAGCAAUCCUGCAAAUACGCCCAUAGAAACUAACACUUGCUUAGGUCCAAAUCUGGAAGAUGUUUCUGAGAAUUUGCCAGUCACAGCUCUUAAUUCUAAAGAAGAUCAACUAAACCUUGAUCCAGUAUCUUGUAAAACUCCCCAUGAAAAGAGACAUGUUCGUGUGCUGAGUGUAGACAGUGGGACAGACAUUCUUUUAAGUAAGAAUUCUACAGAAAUAGUUAGUGAUAAAGAGAAGGCUUUACCAACCUCUAAAUCUGACCUAGAAGCCAAAGAAGGACAGACACCUAAUGAAUCCAACUUCCUGGAAUUUGUCUCUUUACUAGAAUCCAUUAAUACCUCAAAGAUUAAGGCAUCCAAUCAAUCCAGCAUCAAAACAGAAACUACAAAGGAUAAUGGAUCUGUUGGAGAUAGCCAGGCAACAGAGAAGAAAGAAGAAAUGAUGGAAAUGGAAAAGCACUGCGAGCAUGUUACUAAAUGGGAACGAUCAGAUGUACAAAGUCAAGAUCAUGCUAGGAGUAGUCCAGUGUUACCAGAAUCUGGCAAAUUUACAGCACUUUACCAGGGCAGCAGGCAAAGGCAGAUAAUCUACCGGGUAACUUCCCAGCAAGAUAGUUCUGUCUUGCAAGUUAUAAGCGGACCUGAGGCUUCCAUGCAAGAUGAGAUAUCUGUGGAUACAAUGCAUGUUUUCAUAGAUGAGAAUGGGGAAAUUAAAUCCUGUUAUUUAAAGACUGGCAGUCAGAAAGAAGGACAUUUUCGACAUCAGACAUCAAAUUGUGAUUGCAUUUCAAAUGCUCAUGAAAUACAAUUCAGCUCCUCUAGUACUACCACUUCAGAGAGUCAGGAACCAUCUUCAGGUGAUCAAGCAGCAAGUGCACUCCAGCAGCAGCUUCUACUGAUGAUGGCUCGAAGAACCCUUUCAGAAACACCCAAGCAUCUGAGUCAGGACCUUGAGGACUCUUCAUGUUCUUCAGCACAACGAAAAUUUAACAGGCAGUUUUACAAAUUAAUUAUAUUUCCUGGGAAGUGGAUUAAAGUCUGGUAUGAUCGACUAACCUUAUUGGCUUUGCUGGACCGGACACAAGACAUUAAGGAGAAUGUGUUGGCUGUUAUACUAGUUGUUCUUGUUUCUUUUCUUGGAUUCCUAACACUGAACCAAGGCUUUUGUAAAGACAUUUGGGUCCUCUUGUUCUGUCUUGUUAUGGCCAGUUGCCAGUAUUCCCUUCUAAAGAGUGUUCAACCUGACCCUGCCUCACCAAUCCAUGGACACAAUCAAAUCAUAACAUACAGCAGACCUGUAUAUUUUUGUAUAUUGUGUGGCCUUAUUUUGCUGCUAGAUGGUGGAUCAAAAGAUAAAAAUCCUUCAAUAUACACAGUGUACGGCUUGCAACUCUUUUCACCUGGAUCUCUCCGAACAGCCAGAGACCAUAUAAUAGUGUUUUUGUAUUGCUUCCCUGCAAUUUCUCUUCUUGGUCUAUUUCCUCAAAUCAACACUUUUUGUAUAUAUGUCUUGGAACAAAUAGACAUGUUGCUUUUUGGUGGUUCAGCUGCUGCUGGACUGGUAUCUGCACUAUACAGUAUUUCUCGAAGCUUUGCAGUUCUGGUUGUACUAUCCACUUUCUGCUUCAGUGCAGUGAAGGAGCCAUGGGAUGCUCAACACAUUCCAGCAUUGUUCUCUGCUUUCUGUGGCCUUUUAGUUGCACUUUCUUAUCACCUUAGCAGGCAAAGCAGUGAUCCAUCUGUACUUAUGUCGCUUGUUCAAUGUAAAUUUUUUCCUCACUUACUACGUCAAAAUUUGGAAGACUCAUCAAUAGAUCCACUCCCAGAGAAGAUGAGAGAAUCAGUGAAGGAAAUCUUGAAAUCAGAUCUCAUUGUCUGCGCAGUAGCUGCUGUUCUGUCAUUCGCAGUCAGUGCCAGCACAGUGUUCCUGUCAUUAAGGCCGUUCCUCAACAUAGUGCUGUUUGCAUUAGCAUGGACCGUGGGAUUUGUAACACAUUACAUACUUCCUCAGCUCCGAAAACACCAUCCUUGGCUGUGGAUUUCGCACCCCAUACUUAAAAACAAAGAAUAUCGGCAGCGGGAAGUGAGAGAUGCUGCUCAUUUAAUGUGGUUUGAAAGACUCUAUGUGUGGCUUCAGUGUUUUGAGAAAUACAUCCUGUAUCCAGCAAUAAUACUGAAUGGCCUCACCAUCGCUGCUUUUUCAAUUACCAAACACAAGAAAUUUGGUACACACUGUGAUAUUAUCCUGAUAACAGUUGCUGGAAUGAAGCUACUUCGGUCCUCAUUCUGUAAUCCUAUUAAUCAAUUUGUUACUUUAAGCUUCACUGUAGUCUUCUUCCACUUUGACAGUAGAGAGAGCUCAGAUGACUUCUUACUGAAUUUCUUCAUGAUGUCCAUUGUGUUUCACAAGCUGUGGGACCUAUUGCAAAAAUUGCAGUUCAUCAUGACAUAUAUAGCUCCCUGGCAGAUUGCUUGGGGGUCUUCGUUUCACGUGUUUGCUCAGCUCUUCGCAAUACCUCAUUCUGCUAUGCUUUUCUUUCAAAUUCUGGGCACCGCGAUCUUUUCUGCUCCACUGAGUCCAUUUCUUGGUAGCGUCAUUUUUAUCACAUCAUAUGCCAGACCAGUCAAGUUCUGGGAGAAAAACUACAACACAAGAAGAGUGGACCACUCCAAUACAAGACUGGCGAUCCAGAUUGAAAAGGACCCAGGAAGCGAUGACAAUAAUCUCAACUCCAUUUUUUAUGAGCAUCUGACCAGAUCUCUGCAGGAGUCUCUUUGUGGAGAUUUGAUUCUUGGCCGCUGGGGAAACUACAGUACAGGAGACUGUUUUAUUUUGACAUCAGAUUAUUUAAAUGCCUUCGUUCACUUGAUCGAAAUUGGAAACGGCCUUGUUACUUUCCAGCUCAGAGGACUUGAAUUUCGAGGGACAUACUGCCAGCAGAGAGAAGUGGAAGCUAUAACAGAAGGAGAUGAAGACAAUGAAGGCUGCUGCUGCUGUAAGCCAGGUCACCUGCCUCACUUGCUAUCAUGCAACGCAGCCUUUAACCUCCGAUGGCUGACAUGGGAAAUAACUCGAACCCAGUAUAUCCUGGAGGGCUAUAGUAUCAUUGAUAACAAUGCUGCAACAAUGCUGCAAGUGUUCGACCUGCGCAGAAUACUCAUCAGAUAUUACAUAAAGAGCAUAAUAUACUUUACAGCAAGUUCACCCAAAAUCUUAGACUGGAUAAAAGAUGAAUCAAUCCAGAAGAUACUACAACCCUAUGCCAAAUGGCAUUACAUUGAACGUGACCUUGCACUGUUCAACAUUAACAUUGAUGAGGAUUAUGUUCCAUGCCUUCAAGGAAUAACCAGAGCUAGCUUCUGCAGUGUUUAUCUAGACUGGAUUCAGUACUGUGCCAGAAAAAGAAUAGAGCAUCUGGACAGUGAUGAAGAUUCUCCUUUAGUAACACUUUCUUUUGCCUUAUGUAUUCUGGGGAGGCGAACUCUGGGAACAGCUGCCCACAAUAUGGCCAUCAGUUUAGAUUCCUUUCUUUAUGGCCUCCAUGCUCUAUUCAAAGGAGAUUUUCGAAUAACAGCAAAAGAUGAAUGGGUGUUUGCAGACAUGGAUCUACUCCAUAAGGUUGUUGCUCCUGCAAUCAGGAUGUCCCUGAAGCUACAUCAGGACCAGUUCACCUGUCCAGAUGAGUAUGAGGAUCCAGCAAUCCUGUACGAAGCAAUCCAGGCUUUUGAGGAGAAGGUUGUAAUUUGUCAUGAGGGUGACCCUGCCUGGCGUAGUGCUGUACUUUCUAACAGAGAAGAGCUGCUUACCCUGAGACACGUUGUAGAUGAAGGGACAGAUGAAUACAAAGUUAUUAUGCUCCACAAAAGUUACCUGAGCUUCAAAGUUAUCAAGGUAAACAAGGAAUGUGUCAGAGGGCUUUGGGCUGGGCAGCAACAGGAGCUGAUUUUUUUGCGCAAUCGUAACCCAGAGCGAGGCAGCAUCCAGAACAAUAAACAGGUCCUGAGGAACCUGAUUAAUUCUUCAUGUGAUCAGCCACUGGGAUAUCCAAUGUAUGUUUCCCCUUUAACCACCUCAUACCUGGGCGCGCACAGUCAGCUGAGGAAUAUUUGGGGUGGACCUAUCAGUUUGGACAACAUUAAAACAUGGUUCAGAUCCAAGUGGUUAAGAAUGCGAAAGGACUGUCAUGCCAGUCACAAUAGUGGAGGUAACAUUGAGGAGGUGGAUAGUGGUGGCGGAUCUUCAGCCAGCAACCAUUCAACAAGAAAUUCAAGCCAGAGUAGUAGCUCACAGAACACAAGGAAUGAAACACUGCAAUUUCAGGCUUCUUCACAUGGUGCUCAUCAGCAUGCAGGCAGAAGAAAACCCAGGAGUCAGUCUGCUCAAACACAUGCUGCCUUAAGCCAGCAACCACCUGUUUCAAGUCAUUCUGGACCAAUUGUAGAAAGCCACCAGCCUUUUAUUCGAGCUUCCACAUCUGCACAUGAAAUUGCUCAAAGGCUUUCUGGCAGUCAGCUCUCCUUCCACAAUUCUAUGACAUCUGUAUUUUCUCAACCCCCUGCCAUUCCUGCUGUUGGCCAGCUGGCUGUUCAGGAUCAAGCUGGAGCAAUGUUCAGGUCUGGUCUGACCUCCUCAACCAGCUCUACCCUCAGCCUUCUGUUUGGCAAGAGAAGUUUUUCAAGUGCUUUGGUCAUUUCUGGGCUCUCAGCUGCAGAUGGAGGUAACACCAGUGAUACCCAGUCAUCCAGCAGUGUCAAUAUUGCCAUGGGUCCAUCUGCUAGAGCAGCAAGUCAAGCAACACAGCAAUUCUCUGAGACAUGUGAAGCGAUGGAUACUACCGAAUCGAGACCCUGGAGAGAGCUAGGCCCUGCCCAUGCCAUUUUCAUGGCUCGGAACCUGGAAUGCAGGAGGGCUAGCCAGGAAGAUAUGGCCCUGGAGGACACAGCCUCUCAGCACAGCUUGUCGGAAGAGCAAUAAAGAAAACUUCUACCUAAAGGACCAUGCAUUCCUUAAAAUUCAAAUAGACAUGGCUAGGUCAGUCAGCUGCAGAUGGUUUUAUUUUUCAAAUAUAACAACAAACCUCAAAACAUUUAUUUUUCUAACUUCUGAGAGAGAAUACCAUUGGGGUAGAGGUUCUUCAGUAAAAAGUCUUGGCAGGUGGGGAUGGAAAAACCUUCAAAGAGUUUCAGGAUGUCCUAAAAUGCAGUGCCACUUCAUCUCAGGUUCUUGUAAUUAUUAGAACAACCAAUAAAAUCUGACUGACAUUCCUUCCCCUGCAGAGGUGCUGACACUUCUGGUGGAAUUUUAUAAAUGCUCAGAAAGAAUAAUGCUUGGAGUUGGGAGUGAACGCAACGGAAAAAUCUUAAUGCAACUCGGUGAAAAGCCCAUAGACAUCUGUUUCCUGCCAUAACUACAAAGAUGACUGCAUGUUAAAUAAUUGACAUUUUAUACAUAAUGUAUCACAAAGACAGAUUUUGAAUAGGAGUAAUGAAUAUGUAAUAGAACUGUACAGUGACUGUAAUAUUAGAGCUGUAUCUAAGAAUUUUUAAUGGAAAACCUAUUUUUUUCUUUUCUUUAAUGUGUUACGCAGGUGGUAAUUAUGUGUAGCAACAUAUUAAUUCAGUGUGCAUGCAGCCAUAUUGAAAUAAUGUAUGAAGAGCCAGACUGCACAUUGCUAUAAGGCAGGUUUUGAAAAAAAAUAUAUAGCCAGUGCAUGGAAAGCCUUCACAAAGCAUACGGUGCUCCUUAUUUGAAAACAAAGCAGUUUUACUUAAAAGGCUGCUCUUACAUAUAAUCGCGCACUCCUGUUGCGUUUACAGGAAUGCAUGCCUAUUUCUGAAGCCAAGAGCCUAUAGCAGGUCCUUAAUGUACUAUAGAACAUAAUACACAUGAUCCUCAUUUUUUUUGUAAUUAAAAAAUUUCCAGCUA